CUCAAAAUUAAUAUCAACAGUUUUUUAUUACAAUUUAGAGCAAGACUGCUGAAAAAUUAGUAAAGUAACCUAUUCACCCUUGUUUACCCAUCUCGGUCACUUGGGACAACAGAAUCUGUGAAAGCUUCUUUCAAGUUUCUGGCAUAGAGUUUGCACCAUGGCUGCUGCUUCUUCUUCCACCAUUCCUCAACAGAAGAAGUAUGAUGUGUUCAUUAGUUUUAGAGGUGCAGAUGUCCGCCAUAAUUUCCUCAGCCACCUCAAUAAAGCUUUGCUUGUCAACCAAGUUAAUACCUUUGUGGAUGAAAAUCUUGAUAGAGGAGAGGAGAUCUCAUCAUCUCUCCUGAAAACAAUUGAAGAAUCAUGUAUUUCGAUUGUCAUUUUCUCGAAAAAUUAUGCAAGUUCUCCAUGGUGUUUGGAUGAGCUUAUAAAGAUAAUUGAGUGCUCGAAAACCAUGGAACAGAUGGUCUUACCGGUUUUCUACCAUGUAGAUCCAACCAUUGUUCAGGAGGUUACUGGAAUCUUUGAAGAUUCACUUGCUAAGCAUACAGAAGAAUUCAAGGACUCUUUACACAAAGUGGAGAGUUGGAGCCAAGCUUUGAAGGAAACUGGUGGGAUGUCCGGGUUUGUUUCACACGACAUUAAGAAUGAUUCUGAAUUAAUCGCAAAAAUUGUCAGCUGGAUUUCGGAGAAAGUAGAUCUUAUGUUUCCGAGUGAUCCAAUCAAUGAUGGGUUAGUUGGAAUUGAUUCACGUGUCAAGGAUUUUGAGUCAUUAUUAGGGCUUGAGAUGGCAGAUGUGCGGUAUGUAGGAAUUUGGGGGAUGGCCGGCAUUGGCAAAACCACACUUGCUAGGGAGGUAUUUAAUCGAAUUUUUUAUCAAUUUACAAUUAAAUGCUUUGUUGAAGAUGUCAGGGACAAUUUUCACAAGUGUGGACCAGAUGGUUUACGACGUCUCAUUCUUUCUCAAGCUCUAGGAAGAGAAAAUUCAAAUGUAGGCAUGCCCAUUAUGUUGUUAUCUUCGAUUAGGAGAAGGUUGUGCAGAGAAAAAAUUCUCCUUGUUCUUGAUGAUGUCAGUGAUGUCAGGGAGAUAGAACUUUCAAUAGGGAAAUGUGCUGUUUUUGGUCCAGGGAGUAGAAUUAUCAUAACAAGCAGAGACCAACAGCUGCUUAAGUACAUGGGUGCUGAAAUAUAUGAAGUUCAGAAACUGAAUGACGAUGAAGCUUCUCAGCUUUUUUGCUUUCAUGCUUUCAGACGAGACAUUUCCAGAGAAGAAUACAUGGAGCUUUCAAAGAGGGCAGUUGAAUAUGCUCAAGGUAUUCCCUUAGCUCUUGAAGUUUUGGGUUCCAAUUUGUACGGUAGAAGUGUAGGAGAAUGGGAAGAUGAACUGGAAAAACUGAAAGGGCAGGAUAGAGAUUAUGUUGAAAAGAUGUUGGAUUCCCCUGGUUCAAAAAUUGGAAUAAGUCGUCUGCUUGAUAAGUCGAUCAUAUCUGUAAUAGAUAAUCGGGUGCAUAUGCAUGACUUGCUACAACAAAUGGGCAAGGAUAUUAUUUGCCAGGAAAAACAGCUCGGACAACGAAGCAGAUUAUGGGAUCCUAAAGAUAUAUAUUACCUAUUCACAAGAGCUGAGGGAACUGAAGCAAUUAAAGGUAUCUUGCUAGACAUGUCCAAAAUCAAAGACUUAGAACUAACUCUUAAUGCCUUUGAGAAAAUGUAUAAUCUCAAGUUUCUCAAGUUCUACUGUUCAAUACUUCAUUGGAAUAGAGUAAAACUUACCGAAGGACUCAACUUUCUACCUGAUGAGCUACGGUUACUGCAGUGGUACGAAUACCCUUUGGAAUCUGUGCCAUGGAGUUCAUGCGCAGAGAAUCUUGUUGAAAUUAGAAUGGUUCAUAGCAAACUAAAACAACUUUGGAAUGGAGAUCAGCAUCUGGGAAAUUUAAAAUUUGUUGACCUUAGCUAUUCAAAGGAUCUAAUGAGCAUUCCAGACUUGUCUACAAUCCCGAAUCUUGAGGUUCUGAGACUGAGUUUUUGCAAAAGUUUGAUUGAGAUUCCCUUAUCUAUAAAAUAUUUGAGCAAGCUUAAAAAACUAUAUCUAAGGCAUUGCCAAAGUCUCUGCAAUUUACCGAGCUUCCUUCAUUUGAAAAAUCUUGAGAUUCUUUCUAUCUUUGGUUGCUCAAAAAUUAGAGAGUUCCCAGAGCUUCCAUGUGCUAUUAGAGAUUUAGAUUUAGAGGGAACUAUAGUAGAACGAGUUCCCCUAUCAAUUGGGUAUCUCCCUUGUCUUUCUAAUUUGGCUUUAAGUUCAUGCACGAGGCUUACCAGUUUGCCAGACAGCAUCUGCAAUCUCAAAUCUCUUAGACAUUUUAGUAUCUAUGAUUCUGUAAAUCUACUUGAACUGCCAGAGAACUUGGGAAAUCUAGAAUCCCUUCGGAAGCUCAGUGUGGGUAAGUCUGGUAUAAAAGAAUUACCAGAUAGCAUUUGCAAUCUGAAAAAGCUUAUAUUUUUAUCAAUUGAGAAAUGUGUAAAUCUCCAUUAUCUGCCCGAAAACUUGGGGAAUUUAGAAUCUCUAGAAAGGCUUAUUGCAAACGAUAGUGGGAUAAAAGAAUUACCAGAGUCAAUUUGCAAUCUGAAAAAACUUACAUGUUUAUCUACUGCUAGGUGUGAAAAUCUGCGCAGUCUGCCAGAAAACUUGGGACAUUUAGAAUCUCUGGACGAGCUUCGUGCAUUUGGUCCUGGUUUAAAAAGGUUACCUCAUGGCAUUUGCAAUGUGAAAGAACUAAGAUUUAUUAACGUUGGUGGCUGCAUAAAUCUGAAUGAACUGCCAGAGUGCUUGGGGAAUUUAGAAUCUUUGGAGCUUCUUGUUGUCUCUCAUUCUGGUAUAAAAAAGCUACCAUCUUCUGUUAAUCAGUUGAGCAAUUUGAGAUCAUUGCAUUUAGGGGGAUGUAAAGGUUUGAUGAUCCCUGCUUUGACAGGUUUAUCCCAUCUAUUUGAGGUUGUUCUGGAGUUCUGCGGCUUGUUAGAAUUUCCCAACAAUAUUUGCAAUUUAGUGUCAUUGAGAACAUUAUAUAUAGGUGGAAAUGAUUUUGAGAGUAUACCUGAUACCAUCAAACACCUUUCGAACCUUAUUAAACUGGAUUUAAGCCAUUGCAAAAGAUUAAAAUAUUUACCAGAGCUUCCAUCUUUGAGCAUGUUAUAUGCAAGAAAUUGCACGGUUCUCAAAUCAGCAUCCAGUUUAUUCCAACUUCGGAGUAUUAAACAUUUGGAUUUUAGAGAUUGUCUCAAUUUGGAGGAUAAAAUUGUGGACCAUCUAUUGGCGAGCUCUUGGCAGAGGGAGCUGUUAUUUUGCGUUCCUGGACGUGAAGUGCCAAAAUGGAUCAAGUACCAGAAUAAUAGCGGGUCUCGUUUGUCUUUUCCAUUUAGCCAACCGAAGCGGGCGGAAUUCACCAGGUUCAUAUAUUGUGCUGUUUUUGAUCCCAAAGUUUAUCAUCCUUUCCCCUGCCGGGGUAGUUUGCAAAUUGGAUUUGAAGGCAUAAAUGAGUCUGGACAUGGCCAAUAUCAUUUUUGUAACUAUUGGAAGAAUCAUAUUCGUAUUUCAUCUGAUGCGUCAUUUCUUCGCUCAGAACAUGUGUUCCUUUGGUCUUUUGGAAGACAUUCACAUUUCAGAGAAAAAAAUAUGACCUUGCAAUUUUUUUCAGAAGAAAUUCUUUCCCGUGUAGAUAGCAAUAAGAGAAGAAGAAGUUACAGUGGGAUAAUUAAGUGUGGUUUCCACCUAGAGUAGGAGGAAGAGGAGCCUGCCUGAAAGAUUGAAACAUGAUGGUCAAGAAAAAUCACCUCGUGUUAUCUUUAAAUUGCUGGGCGAUGGAUAUGGUUUCCUCUGGAUACAUCAAAAAGCCAAACUGAUGAUAGGAAAAAGAUGUUGCUUGUCCUCAAUUCUGGCUUUAUGGUUACAGGGAAUUGAAGUCUCGACAGUCUCAACAUUGUUAGGGUGCACUGAAAGUGCACAAACAUAUCCUCAUAAGGUGGAGGUUCUAUAAAGGACGCGAAAUAGACAUGGAUUUCACUCACUCAGAGCAGCUAAGGUUGUAUUUUGGAGGAUGUAAUUGAAUUUGUAUUAUAAUGGUGAGUAUUUGCAUAUUUCAUUACUUUGUUUGUGAUAGAAAAAGUAUUUAGUGUAGUAAAAUGAAAAUUACAUUACUUAAUAGAACGAGAAUCUAUUGAUCUACAUGGUGAUGGUACAACUGCAAUAGCAAAUUCACAAUUUUGACCGGUCCAAUGAAAUCAAUUCCAAAAUUUCAAAACUAUA